ACCGUGAAAAAUUCGUUUCCCCGUAGGCCGCAAAAGAUUAUUUACUAUCAGAGUCGAGAAAUGUUGGGUGCAUUAGUGUCAUCUUCAUCUUCCAGAUUCUUCUCUUCUUCCAUCGGAAAGACUUGUUCGCUCUCUAGAUCUUCGAUUCCUUCGUUUUCUCGCUUAUCAGUUCGAUUAAUGGCCGAUUCCGCUUUCAAGAAAAUCCAGAUCAAAAGAGAUGACACCACAUUUGAUGCCUAUGUGGUCGGUAAAGAUGAUGCGCCCGGGAUCGUGGUGAUUCAAGAAUGGUGGGGUGUUGACUUUGAGAUCAAGAACCACGCUAUUAAAAUCUCACAACUUGAGCCUGGUUUCAAAGCCCUUAUACCCGACUUGUAUCGAGGAAAAGUUGGUCUUGAUACUGCAGAGGCACAGCAUCUUAUGGAUGGCCUUGACUGGCCAGGUGCCAUCAAAGAUAUCCACGCUUCUGUUAAUUGGCUAAAAGCCAAUGGCUCAAAGAAGGUUGGUGUGACUGGAAUGUGCAUGGGAGGUGCACUAGCCAUAGCUAGCUCUGUUUUGGUUCCAGAGGUGGAUGCUGUUGUCGGAUUCUAUGGAACCCCUUCCUCAGAGCUUGCAGAUCCAGCUCAAGCCAAGGCACCUAUUCAGGCUCAUUUUGGGGAGCUUGACAAUUUUGUCGGUUUCUCUGAUGUCACGGCAGCAAAGAAUCUCGAAGAGAAGCUGAAAGCGUCAGGAGUACCACACGAGGUCCAUAUUUACUCAGGGAACGGGCAUGCGUUCUUGAACAGGAGCCCGGAAGGAGUGAGCAGAAGGAAAAGCAUGGGACUUUCUGAUGAAGACGAAGCUGCGGUGGAGCUUGCUUGGUCUCGCUUCAAUUCUUGGAUGAAACAUUACUUGGUUUAAAGCUUCCUUUUGUCAGACAGUGUUCAUGUAAGUCCCGAAAUAUUUUGUGAUGUCUAAUGAUCUUGAAUAAGGAACAUUGCUCUUAGGACGUUAAUCUGAGAAUCAAAUAAAGGGGUUUGUAUGUUUGCUUGUGGUUUUGUGUCGAAAUGUUGGAAGGUUUUUUUGUUUUAUAAAUUCGAACUGAAAUCGAUGU